AUGGACCCCGAGGCGCCGGCGAGCUGUCGCACGGUGUCGUUCGACGCGUCGCAGGAAACGCAUUACGUCAUCGUCGUGCACGGCACGUUCGACGCGCCGCCUGUAGACGGGUCGCGCACGUGGUACCAGCCCGCGGCGCCCGGCGAAAUCAAUUUCUGCAGCAAGAUCGACGCGCGCCUCGCGGAGGGACCGCUCGGCGGCGGGUGCGUGUGGCGCGAGCUGCCGGUGGAGCCGCCGGCGCGACUCCGCAUUCCGUAUCCGUUUCACUGGGACGGCACGAACACGCAUGAAGGGCGCAUCGACGCCUCGCACAAGCUGGCGCGCCUGCUGGACCUGAUAGCGAAUGGCGACCCCUCAGCGCGCAUCCACGUCAUCGCGCACUCCCACGGGGGCAACGUGCUGCUUAAAGCCAUCGAGCUCUUUCCUCCUCUCUCUCCUCUUCCCCACCCGCUGCCACCCUGCCCCCCUGCCACAAACCGCACGGCAGUACAUGAAGCGCCAGGGAAGCAAGGCCGUGUCGGACCUCCCGCCACCU